GACAUUAUAGCAGAAGAGGUACGCCGCCGUAGGAGAGGGCGUAAGCUAUACUACGAGGUGAAGUGGAAAGGGUUCCACCGAACGACGCUCGAACCAGCGGAGCUACUAGAGGACGCUGAGGCAGUAGAUCGUUGGGAAGCGUUCACAGAGACCAAACGAGACAGCGAGGGCCGCCUCCCGGAAGGGUUUCGGAGAGGCGAUGCGGUAUCACCCUAA